AUGGUGAACUAUCUUAUGGGAGAUGGCUAUUUUAUUUACCAAGAGGCCAGUAACCUCGUCCCAUUCGACACCGACAGGAUUGCGAGUCCUGAAAUUGUGGUUUCUGGAGAGAUAUGCAUAGACUUCUGGUAUCACAUGUUUGGGUCAGAGGAGCUGAAUGAGCUGAAAGUGAUUAUUCAGAAUGAGGGAGUGGAAGAUCUGGUGUGGAGUCAGAAGGGAAACCAGGGUUCUUCUUGGAUCUAUGGUUUCACCACUGUUACUUUUCUGCCUGAGAGAAGGAUAAAGGUCAUUUUUGAGGCUGUUCGAGGAUUAACAGAAUAUGGGGACACAGCUGUGGACAAUGUGGGUGUCAGGAACGGGCCCUGUGUGAUGGUGCCAUCUACCACUCCCCCAGCAUCAUCAACUGCAACACCGGAAUCUGCUUUGCCAGUGAUAACAGAGGCAACCUGCAGUGUGCAUAGUGACCCCCACUAUUACACUUUUGACAAGCAGUCUCACACGUUCAUGGGAAAUUGCACCUACACCCUGUCUAAGCUGUGUGAUGGGAACAGCACGCUGCCCUACUUCAAUGUGGAAGCAGCAAACGAACACAGAGGAGGCAACACGCGCGUGUCCUAUGUCCAAUAUGUGGAUGUUGAUGUUUAUGACUACAGGAUAACUCUGGGUAAAAACAGGGUUGUUAAGGUGAACGGAGCCAUUCAGGUACUUCCUGUGGUACUGGCAUCAGGUGUAAAUAUUUCCUUCAGUGGACAGUACGUCAUGGUUACCACUGCCUUCGGGCUGAGAGUUAAGUUCAAUGGAGAUCAUAGGGCUGAAGUGAUUCUUCCCAGUAUAUACAUGUCUAAAGUCUGUGGCAUGUGUGGAAAUUACAAUGGGCACAAAGCAGAUGACUUUCUUAACCCAGAUGGAGAGAUGGAAGCAAAUUCGGUCAGCUUGGGCAACAGCUGGCGGAUUUAUAAUGACUCCAGCUGUGUCCCAGAUCUUGGCCAUACUCCAAACUGCUCAGAUGAUGAAACACAAAUGAUCCAAAGCAACAAGUACUGUGGGCUGAUCACAGAUCCAAGUGGCCCGUUCCAGCAGUGCCAUUCAGUAGCUGAUCCAUUGGUUUAUUUUGAAGACUGCCGGUAUGAUCUGUGUGAACUUCAUUUGAACAAUGCAGCCCUCUGCAAUAACCUACAGUCAUAUGCUGAUGUGUGCCAAGCUGCAGGCAUUCCUGUGGGAACAUGGAGAAAUGAAACAUUCUGUCCACUGAUUUGUCCAGCCAACAGUCACUAUGAAGCAUGCACGGCAGCCUGCCCUGCUACCUGUGUCAACCCAAUGGCUCCUGCCAGCUGCAGCCUGCCGUGUGUGGAAGGAUGCGUGUGUGACAGUGGUUAUCUUCUCUACAACGAUGGCUGUGUCCCCAGCAGUCAGUGCGGGUGCUGGCACAAUGGCAAACACUACCCUGUUGGCGCUGAAUUCUGGACCGAUGACACCUGCUCCUCUAAAUGCACAUGUCCCUCUCGGGGGAGCAAAGUAACCUGCUCUAACGCAGCCUGCCCAGCCGAUUAUUACUGUGGGGUUCAGAACGGGGAACCUGGCUGCUACCGUGAGACUUACGGGAUCUGCCGAGUCCACAACGACCCUCAUUACAACACAUUUGACAGAGAGACUCACCACUUCAUGGGGAAGUGCACCUAUACGCUGGCCAAAGUGUGCACCAACUCCAGCUCUCUGCCUUAUUUCAACGUAGAAGCCAAGAACGAGCAUCGAGGGUACUCUGCGGUGUCCUAUGUGCAGAAAGUCCUGGUGGAGGUUUAUGGACAACACAUAGAAAUAGUUAAGGCAACACCAAAUCGUGUACUGAUCAAUAAAAUAUGGUCAACUCUCCCUGUAACCACAGCUGGUGGGUCAAUCACAGUGAGCAGGAGUGGACGCUACGUUAUCCUAGAGACAGAUUUCAGACUGAGGGUUUCCUAUGACACCGAUCACUCGGUGGAAGUGAAGGUGCCCACCACCUAUUUCAACAGGACCUGUGGCAUGUGCGGUAACUUUAACAAUCGGAGAGAGGAUGACUAUAUGAUGCCGGAUGGGCAGCAAGCCAAGAACUCUAAUGAGCUGGGAAACAGCUGGCGUGUCAAGGAUGAUGAUCCUUCUUGUGAUGUCAUUGUCCCACCCAAACCCUGCCCUGCAGACCAGGAGAACCUCUACAGAACUGACAGAUUCUGUGGCAUGAUAACCAAGAGGCCUGGCCCCUUUGGGGUCUGCCACUCCGUGAUCAAUCCUGAGAGCAUCUUUGAGAGCUGUGUCUAUGACCUCUGUGCGCUGAAUGGGAAUGAGCAGCUCUUGUGUAACGCUCUGGCGACCUACGCUGAUGCAUGUCAGGAAGCUGGAGUGACUCUCCCCCAGUGGAGAAACGCCACCUUCUGCCCGCUUCCUUGCCUUUCCAAUAGUCAUUACAAUCCAUGCACUAGUGCUUGUCCUGCAACCUGCUCCAACCCAGUAGCAGCAAGCAACUGCAGUAAACCUUGCGUGGAGGGAUGUGAGUGCAACAGCGGGUUUGUUCUCAGCGGUGGACAGUGUGUUUCCAUGGACAAUUGUGGCUGCCUCUAUAAAGACAAAUAUUAUGAGAGAGGGGAAACUUUCUGGGAAACAAACUGUGCAGGCCAAUGUAACUGUGCAGGAAACAACACCAUAGUCUGCAGUCCAAAGACAUGUGAAGCGAGCAAAAUUUGCAAGGUGCAGAAUGGAAUCUUGGGAUGUUAUCCAUUGGACAUCAACACCUGCCACAUCUAUGGGGAUCCACACUACAUAACCUUUGAUGGGAGACUGUACCAUUUCCAGGGUGGAUGCAAUUAUACAAUAGUUGAGACAUGCACAAAUUCUUCUGAGCAGUUCUCAGUGACAACCAGGAAUGAACACAGAGGAAGCCAGGCCUGGACUGCUUUGAACUCAGUAGCUGUCACAUUGAAAAACAUUCACAUUGCUUUGAGAAAAAACAAAGAGGUCCAUGUGAAUGGAAUUCAAGUUGAUCUUCCUGUGACUCUGCAUCCUGGAAUUACAGUAGCUGUAAGAGGACCCUAUGUGGUCAUUGAUACCUCUAUUGGCAUUCAGGUGAAGUUUGAUGGUGACCAACAGCUUUUUGUUCAUGCUGACGAAAGCUUUAAGGGGCAGCUGUGUGGCCUGUGUGGCACAUACACUGACAACCAGCUGGAUGAUUUCCUAAGACCAGACAGAGUCCUGGAACAGGAUUCAAAUAAUUUUGGCAACAGCUGGCGAGUGAAGGAUGACAAUUGGAUCUGUGAUCCAGUUCCUGUUAUACCACCAGCCUGCAACCCUGUGCAUGAGUAUGAAUAUGAAGAAUUCUGCAAAGUUAUUUUGGCAAGUGGAGGGCCUUUCGAAGCUUGCCAUUGGUAUAUCCCCCCUCAGCUGUACUUUGAGAGCUGUGUCUACGACCAGUGUGCCACAGGAGGAAAUACCGAACAGUUUUGCUCAUCCUUAGACGCGUAUGCUGCAGCAUGUGAAGGUAGAGGUAUAAGUCUGGGAGACUGGAGAAAAGAGACAGUCUGUGCAGCCACCACUUCCACUGUGGAGCCUUCGACAUCAUUCACUACCACGGACGUGACAGUUCCCCCAGCUCAUUGUAACAUGUCCUGUUCAUUUGACACUGACUUCUGUGACUGGACACAGUCAGUCUCUGACAGCUUGGAUUGGAAACGACACCGAGGGCCAACCUCCUCGCCAAACACAGGACCCUCGUACGACCACACUACAGGAGAUGGUUACUUCAUCUACCUGCAAGGGAGCGAGGCAAGCUCUGGAGCUGUGGCUCACUUGGAGGGCCCUGUGUGCAGUGCCAAUGGAGCCCAUUGUUUCCGCUUCUGGUAUCACAUGUACGGAGUGGCUCAUGCAAUGGCACUGAGAGUUUAUGUCACUGAGGAUGGAGCACCCCGUCUGGUGUGGUCAGAGACAGGAAAUAAGGGCGAUAGGUGGAACUUUGCAGCAGUCACUGUGUAUAACAGAGGAGAUAUGCAGAUCCUCCUGGAGGGGAUGCGGGGUGAAGAUUUCCGCAGUGACGUAGCAGUGGAUGAUGUAUCUCUCGUAGACGGAUAUUGCCCAGGCGAUGGACCGACAUCAACAGUGAGCCCCACAUCAGUCACCACUCCCUCUUCUACAGGAACCACCACGUCACCUCCGUUGCCAAGUUCAGAGUCCUGUGUGGUGUCAGGGGACCCUCACUACUACACCUUUGAUAAACAAACCCAUCACUUCAUGGGGACCUGCGCCUACACCCUGUCCAAGCUGUGUGAUGGAAACAGCACGCUGCCCUACUUCAAUGUGGAAGCAGCGAAUGAGCACAGAGGAGGCAACACUCGCGUGUCCUAUGUCCAAUAUGUGGAUGUUGAUGUUUAUGGCAUGAGGAUAACACUAGAGAAAGGGGGAGUCGUGAAGGUGAAUGGAAAGGGAGAGAUCGUCAUCCCCUUUGCCCCAUCGUCGGGUGUGCAAAUCUCCUCCAGCGGGCUUUAUGUCGUGGUCAGCACAGACUUUGGGUUGACCGUGAAGUUUGAUGGGAACCAUCGAGUGGAAGUGACUCUUCUGAGCUCCUUUAAAGAGAAGGUUUGUGGGAUGUGUGGGAACUACAACGGGAACGCAGCAGACGACUUUCUGAAUCCAGAUGGGGUGCUGGAGGCAGACUCUACCAGCCUUGGCAACAGCUGGCAGGUCUCCAAUCACACCAGUUGUCUUCCAGGAACGGGCCAUGAUCCAGUCUGCGACGAGAGUGAUAAGCAAAUCAUUGCCAGCAGUGCUUUCUGUGGUCUCCUGACAGAUGUGAAUGGCCCAUUUAAAAAGUGCCACCGGGUGCUAGAUCCUACCAUUUACUUCAGCGGCUGCUUUUAUGACCAGUGUGAAUUGCAAAUGGAUCCUGACUCCCUCUGCAAAAGUCUGCAGUCUUACGCGGAUGCCUGUCGGUCCAGGGGAGCUGAGAUAGAUGCUUGGAGGAAUGCUACCUUCUGUCCAAUUGACUGUCCAGCCAACAGUCACUAUGAAGCAUGCACAGCAGCCUGCCCUGCCACCUGUGUCAACCCGAUGGCUCCUGCCAGCUGCAGCCUGCCGUGUGUGGAAGGAUGCGUGUGCGACAGUGGUUAUCUUCUCUACAACGAUGGCUGUGUCCCCAGCAGUCAGUGCGGGUGCUGGCACAACGGCAAACACUACCCUGUUGGCGCUGAAUUCUGGACCGAUGACACCUGCUCCUCUAAAUGCACAUGUCCCUCUCGGGGGAGCAAAGUAACCUGCUCUAACGCAGCCUGCCCAGCCGAUUAUUACUGUGGGGUUCAGAACGGGGAACCUGGCUGCUACCGUGAGACGUACGGGAUCUGCCGAGUCCACAACGACCCUCAUUACAACACGUUUGACAGAGAGACUCACCACUUCAUGGGGGUCUGCACCUACACACUGGCCAAAGUGUGCACCAACUCCAGCUCUCUGCCUUAUUUCAACGUAGAAGCCAAGAACGAGCAUCGCGGGAACCCCACUGUGUCCUAUGUGCAGAAAGUCCUGGUGGAGGUUUAUGGACAACACAUAGAAAUUCUCAGAAACCAUCCGAGCCAAGUGCUGGUCAAUGAGGUGUUAACAACCCUUCCUGUCCGCGCAGCUGGUGGGUCAAUCACAGUGAGCAGGAGUGGACGCUACGUUAUCCUAGAGACAGAUUUCAGACUGAGGGUUUCCUAUGACACCGAUCACUCGGUGGAAGUGAAGGUGCCCACCACCUAUUUCAACAGGACCUGUGGCAUGUGCGGUAACUUUAACAAUCGGAGAGAGGAUGACUAUAUGAUGCCAGAUGGGCAGCAAGCCAAGAACUCUAAUGAGCUGGGAAACAGCUGGCGUGUCAAGGAUGACGAUCCUUUUUGUGAUGUCAUUGUCCCACCCGAUGACAUCUGCACUGCAGACCAGGAGAACCUCUACAGAACAGACAGAUUCUGUGGCAUGAUAACCAAGAGGCCUGGCCCCUUUGGGAUCUGCCACUCCGUGAUCAAUCCUGAGAGCAUCUUUGAGAGCUGUGUCUAUGACCUCUGUGCGCUGAAUGGGAGUGAGGCGCUCCUGUGUAGCGCUCUGGCGACUUACGCUGAUGCGUGUCGGGAAGCUGGGGUGAUGCUCCCCCCCUGGAGAAAUGCCACCUUCUGCCCUCCCACGUGCUCUGCUCCCAACAGCCACUACGAGCCUUGUAUGACUGCCUGCCCUGCCACAUGUCUGGACCGCCUCGCCCCCGAGAACUGCAGCAAGCCCUGUGUCGAGGGCUGCGCGUGUAAUUCUGGAUUCGUUCUCAGCGGAGGCACCUGUGUGCCGGAGGACAAGUGCGGCUGUGUGUUCCAGGACAGAUACUACAGCGAAGGAGAGAGCGUCGUGACGGAGAACUGCACGAGCCGGUGUGAGUGUCUGGGAAAUGGCAACAUGACGUGCAGUGAGCUGUCUUGUGGUCCAGAUGAGAUCUGCAAGAUUCAAACUGGCCUGCGGGGAUGUUAUCCAGCUGGCACCACUACCUGCCACAUCUACGGUGACCCACAUUACACCACCUUUGAUGGGAAACUUCACCACUUCCAGGGUGCCUGCAACUACACUGUGGUGGAGACCUGCAAUAACGCCUCUGGCAGCUUUAGGGUUACCACCCGAAAUGAACACCGUGGCAGCCCCAGCUGGACAGCCAUUAACUCCGUCGCCCUCACUCUGGAUGGCAUCCACAUUGCACUCGGAAAGAAAGGAAUUGUCUACAUUAAUGGUGCCCUGGCCUCUCUCCCUGAAACUCCUCUUCCUGGAGUGACCGUUUCACUCAUCGGACGCUACGUACAAGUUACAACCAACGUGGGCAUCCAGCUGCAGUUCAACGGGGACCACGAGCUCUUUGUAAGAGUGACUGAGAAGUACAAAGGGAGACUGUGCGGAUUGUGUGGGACGUACACGGGGACCCAGCAGGACGACUUCAGGAGACCUGAUGGGGUCGUGGUGGCAGACGUCAAUGAAUUUGGAGCCAGCUGGAGGGUGCCUGACGACGAGUGGCCUUGCAAUUCAACUAUCGUCCCACCUGUAACGUGCACUCCCUCCGAGCAGCAGGCAGCCGAGGAACGGUGCAGAAUCCUAACGGACCGCGAGGGCCCAUUCGCACCGUGCCAUUCUGCGGUGCCAUCCGCUCUGUACUUUGAGAGCUGUGUCUAUGACCAGUGUGCCACAGGAGGAAGCUCUGAGCAGCUCUGCAAUGAUCUGGAAUCCUAUGCGGCAGCCUGUGCAGCGGCAGGAGUCGCUCUGGGAGAAUGGGCUGCAGACACUAUCUGCGCAGCCACCAAUUCCACUGUGGAGCCUUCGACAUCAUUCACUACCACGGACGUGACAGUUCCCCCAGCUCAUUGUAACAUGUCCUGUUCAUUUGACACUGACUUCUGUGACUGGACACAGUCAGUCUCUGACAGCUUGGAUUGGAAACGACACCGAGGGCCAACCUCCUCGCCAAACACAGGACCCUCGUACGACCACACUACAGGAGAUGGUUACUUCAUCUACCUGCAAGGGAGCGAGGCCAGCUCUGGAGCUGUGGCUCACUUGGAGGGCCCUGUGUGCAGUGCCAAUGGAGCCCAUUGUUUCCGCUUCUGGUAUCACAUGUACGGAGUGGCUCAUGCAAUGGCACUGAGAGUUUAUGUCACUGAGGAUGGAGCACCCCGUCUGGUGUGGUCAGAGACAGGAAAUAAGGGCGAUAGGUGGAACUUUGCAGCAGUCACUGUGUAUAACAGAGGAGAUAUGCAGAUCCUCCUGGAGGGGAUGCGGGGUGAAGAUUUCCGCAGUGACGUAGCAGUGGAUGAUGUAUCUCUCGUAGACGGAUAUUGCCCAGGCGAUGGACCGACAUCAACAGUGAGCCCCACAUCAGUCACCACUCCCUCUUCUACAGGAACCACCACGUCACCUCCGUUGCCAAGUUCAGAGUCCUGUGUGGUGUCAGGGGACCCACACUACUACACCUUUGAUAAACAAACCCAUCACUUCAUGGGGACCUGCGCCUACACCCUGUCCAAGCUGUGUGAUGGAAACAGCACGCUGCCCUACUUCAAUGUGGAAGCAGCGAAUGAGCACAGAGGAGGCAACACUCGCGUGUCCUAUGUCCAAUAUGUGGAUGUUGAUGUUUAUGGCGUGAGGAUAACACUAGAGAAAGGGGGAGUCGUGAAGGUGAAUGGAAAGGGAGAGAUUGUCAUCCCCUUUGCCCCAUCGUCGGGUGUGCAAAUCUCCUCCAGCGGGCUUUAUGUCGUGGUCAGCACAGACUUUGGGUUGACCGUGAAGUUUGAUGGGAACCAUCGAGUGGAAGUGACUCUUCUGAGCUCCUUUAAAGAGAAGGUUUGUGGGAUGUGUGGGAACUACAACGGGAACGCAGCAGACGACUUUCUGAAUCCAGAUGGGGUGCUGGAGGCAGACUCUACCAGCCUUGGCAACAGCUGGCAGGUCUCCAAUCACACCAGUUGUCUUCCAGGAACGGGCCAUGAUCCAGUCUGCGACGAGAGUGAUAAGCAAAUCAUUGCCAGCAGUGCUUUCUGUGGUCUCCUGACAGAUGUGAAUGGCCCAUUUAAAAAGUGCCACCGGGUGCUAGAUCCUACCAUUUACUUCAGCGGCUGCUUUUAUGACCAGUGUGAAUUGCAAAUGGAUCCUGACUCCCUCUGCAAAAGUCUGCAGUCUUACGCGGAUGCCUGUCGGUCCAGGGGAGCUGAGAUAGAUGCUUGGAGGAAUGCUACCUUCUGUCCAAUUGACUGUCCAGCCAACAGUCACUAUGAAGCAUGCACAGCAGCCUGCCCUGCCACCUGUGUCAACCCGAUGGCUCCUGCCAGCUGCAGCCUGCCGUGUGUGGAAGGAUGCGUGUGCGACAGUGGUUAUCUUCUCUACAACGAUGGCUGUGUCCCCAGCAGUCAGUGCGGGUGCUGGCACAACGGCAAACACUACCCUGUUGGCGCUGAAUUCUGGACCGAUGACACCUGCUCCUCUAAAUGCACAUGUCCCUCUCGGGGGAGCAAAGUAACCUGCUCUAACGCAGCCUGCCCAGCCGAUUAUUACUGUGGGGUUCAGAACGGGGAACCUGGCUGCUACCGUGAGACGUACGGGAUCUGCCGAGUCCACAACGACCCUCAUUACAACACGUUUGACAGAGAGACUCACCACUUCAUGGGGGUCUGCACCUACACACUGGCCAAAGUGUGCACCAACUCCAGCUCUCUGCCUUAUUUCAACGUAGAAGCCAAGAACGAGCAUCGCGGGAACCCCACUGUGUCCUAUGUGCAGAAAGUCCUGGUGGAGGUUUAUGGACAACACAUAGAAAUUCUCAGAAACCAUCCGAGCCAAGUGCUGGUCAAUGAGGUGUUAACAACCCUUCCUGUCCGCGCAGCUGGUGGGUCAAUCACAGUGAGCAGGAGUGGACGCUACGUUAUCCUAGAGACAGAUUUCAGACUGAGGGUUUCCUAUGACACCGAUCACUCGGUGGAAGUGAAGGUGCCCACCACCUAUUUCAACAGGACCUGUGGCAUGUGCGGUAACUUUAACAAUCGGAGAGAGGAUGACUAUAUGAUGCCAGAUGGGCAGCAAGCCAAGAACUCUAAUGAGCUGGGAAACAGCUGGCGUGUCAAGGAUGAUGAUCCUUCUUGUGAUGUCAUUGUCCCACCUGAUGACAUCUGCACUGCAGACCAGGAGAACCUCUACAGAACAGACAGAUUCUGUGGCAUGAUAACCAAGAGGCCUGGCCCCUUUGGGAUCUGCCACUCCGUGAUCAAUCCUGAGAGCAUCUUUGAGAGCUGUGUCUAUGACCUCUGUGCGCUGAAUGGGAGUGAGGCGCUCCUGUGUAGCGCUCUGGCGACUUACGCUGAUGCGUGUCGGGAAGCUGGGGUGAUGCUCCCCCCCUGGAGAAAUGCCACCUUCUGCCCUCCCACGUGCUCUGCUCCCAACAGCCACUACGAGCCUUGUAUGACUGCCUGCCCUGCCACAUGUCUGGAUCGCCUCGCCCCCGAGAACUGCAGCAAGCCCUGUGUCGAGGGCUGCGCGUGUAAUUCUGGAUUCGUUCUCAGCGGAGGCACCUGUGUGCCGGAGGACAAGUGCGGCUGUGUGUUCCAGGACAGAUACUACAGCGAAGGAGAGAGCGUCGUGACGGAGAACUGCACGAGCCGGUGUGAGUGUCUGGGAAAUGGCAACAUGACGUGCAGUGAGCUGUCUUGUGGUCCAGAUGAGAUCUGCAAGAUUCAAACUGGCCUGCGGGGAUGUUAUCCAGCUGGCACCGCUACCUGCCACAUCUACGGUGACCCACAUUACACCACCUUUGAUGGGAAACUUCACCACUUCCAGGGUGCCUGCAACUACACUGUGGUGGAGACCUGCGAUAACGCCUCUGGCAGCUUUAGGGUUACCACCCGAAAUGAACACCGUGGCAGCCCCAGCUGGACAGCCAUUAACUCCGUCGCCCUCACUCUGGAUGGCAUCCACAUUGCACUCGGGAAGAAAGGAAUUGUCUACAUUAAUGGUGCCCUGGCCUCUCUCCCUGAAACUCCUCUUCCUGGAGUGACCGUUUCACUCAUCGGACGCUACGUACAAGUUACGACCAACGUGGGCGUCCAGCUGCAGUUCAACGGGGACCACGAGCUCUUUGUAAGAGUGACUGAGAAGUACAAAGGGAGACUGUGCGGAUUGUGUGGGACGUACACGGGAACCCAGCAGGACGACUUCAAGAGACCUGAUGGGGUCGUGGUGGCAGACGUCAAUGAAUUUGGAGCCAGCUGGAGGGUGCCUGACGACGAGUGGCCUUGCAAUUCAACUAUCAUCCCACCUGUAAUGUGCACUCCCUCCGAGCAGCAGGCAGCCGAGGAACGGUGCAGAAUCCUAACGGACCGCGAGGGCCCAUUCGCACCGUGCCAUUCUGCGGUGCCAUCCGCUCUGUACUUUGAGAGCUGUGUCUAUGACCAGUGUGCCACAGGAGGAAGCUCUGAGCAGCUCUGCAAUGAUCUGGAAUCCUAUGCGGCAGCCUGUGCAGCGGCAGGAGUCGCUCUGGGAGAAUGGGCUGCAGACACUAUCUGUGGAGCCCCGAUUACGUCAAGUCCAACUACAGUAGGCACCAGUCCAUCAGAGUCUACAACAGUGCAAGAAACAACCCCUGCUUCAGAGAGCUCUUCACCCCACACAAUAAGCACCACAGCAGAAGGAAGUACCACAGGAAAAUCCCCGACCACUGCAAUUCCAACUACAGUAGAGCCCUGUCAGACAGGCCGUGCCACCUGCAGUGCCUCAGGGGACCCGCAUUACUACACGUUUGACGGCAGAGUUCACCAUUUCAUGGGAAACUGCACUUACACCCUCUCCAAAGUCUGCAACGACUCCAGGGGGCUUCCACCCUUUGACGUGUCCACCACCAAUGAGCACAGGGGCUCCAAUACCAAAGUUUCCUAUGUAAAGGCAGUGCACGUGGAUGUCUAUGGAAGUCAGAUUUCCUUGCUGAAGAACAGGAAAGUGAAUGUGAAUGGCACCAGAAGGAACCUGCCUGUGGUGAUUGAAAACAAGAUCAAGGUCCAGAUCAGCGGGGGCUAUGUGCUCUUGGAAACUGAUUUCGGACUCUGGGUCAGAUUUGACGGCAAUCACUAUGUGGAGGUCUCAGUGUCCAGCUGUUACAAGGGGCAGCUCUGUGGUCUGUGUGGUAAUUACAAUGGUGAUGCAAAGGAUGACAACAUAAAGCCUAAUGGCAGCACUGCAGGAGAUUCCACUGAGCUUGGAGACAGCUGGCUAGUGGCAGAGAAUAACACCAUAUGCUCCCCUCAGCCAGUACCAGACUGUGACCCCCUGCUGGAGAGUGAAGCGAGGAAGAACACAGCCUGUGGCAUCAUCACCGACCCCGCAGGUAUCUUCAAGGACUGCCACGCCACAGUAGCUCCAGAGAAUUUCUUGGAAAACUGUGUUUACGACAUGUGUCAGACUGAGGGACAGACAGUGUCCCUAUGCAAUGGGCUGCAGGCAUAUGCAGAGUCGUGCACAAAUGCUGGGAUCUGCAGAGAAUGGAGAAAUAAUACUUUCUGCCCAAUCUCCUGUCCAGCAGGAAGCCAGUACGAGAGCUGUGGGAGCAGGUGUCCUUCCACCUGCGUGACUCCCUCUGCAUUUAGCCCUUGCAGCUCCUUACCAGUGGAAGGCUGUUUCUGUAAGGAAGGCUACGUUCUGAGUGGAGACACCUGUGUGCCGGAGAGCAGCUGCGGUUGUGUGGAUGGAAACAACCACUAUCAUCAGCUGGGUGAAAACUGGUUCACCCACGACGCCUGCACCGAGCGCUGCACCUGCAACAGCAAAAACAACAUCACGUGCACAGGCUGGGAGUGUGGAGCGCAGGAGAUAUGCAGUGUUCAGGAUGGGGAGCUGGGUUGUCACCCCUUUGGAGCCCCGAUUACUUCAAGUCCAACUACAGUAGGCACCCGUCCAUCAGAGUCUACAACAGUGCAAGAUACAACCCCUGCUUCGGAGACCUCUUCGCCCCACACAAUAAGCACCACAGCAGAAGAAAGUACCACAGGAAAAUCCCCGACCACUGCAAUUCCAACUACAGUAGAGCCCUGUCAGACAGGCCGUGCCACCUGCAGUGCCUCAGGGGACCCGCAUUACUACACGUUUGACGGCAGAGUUCACCAUUUCAUGGGAAACUGCACUUACACCCUCUCCAAAGUCUGCAACGACUCCAGGGGGCUUCCACCCUUUGACGUGUCCACCACCAAUGAGCACAGGGGCUCCAAUACCAAAGUUUCCUAUGUAAAGGCAGUGCACGUGGAUGUCUAUGGAAGUCAGAUUUCCUUGCUGAAGAACAGGAAAGUGAAUGUGAAUGGCACCAGAAGGAACCUGCCUGUGGUGAUUGAAAACAAGAUCAAGGUCCAGAUCAGCGGGGGCUAUGUGCUCUUGGAAACUGAUUUCGGACUCUGGGUCAGAUUUGACGGCAAUCACUAUGUGGAGGUCUCAGUUUCCAGCUGUUACAAGGGGCUGCUCUGUGGUCUGUGUGGUAAUUACAAUGGUGAUGCAAAGGAUGACAACAUAAAGCCGAAUGGCAGCACUGCAGGAGAUUCCACUGAGCUUGGAGACAGCUGGCUAGUGGCAGAGAAUAACACCAUAUGCUCCCCUCAGCCAGUACCAGACUGUGACCCCCUGCUGGAGAGUGAAGCGAGGAAGAACACAGCCUGUGGCAUCAUCACCGACCCCGCAGGUAUCUUCAAGGACUGCCACGCCACAGUAGCUCCAGAGAAUUUCUUGGAAAACUGUGUUUACGACAUGUGUCAGACUGAGGGACAGACAGUGUCCCUAUGCAAUGGGCUGCAGGCAUAUGCAGAGUCGUGCACAAAUGCUGGGAUCUGCAGAGAAUGGAGAAAUAAUACUUUCUGCCCAAUCUCCUGUCCAGCAGGAAGCCAGUACGAGAGCUGUGGGAGCAGGUGUCCUUCCACCUGCGUGACUCCCUCUGCAUUUAGCCCUUGCAGCUCCUUACCAGUGGAAGGCUGUUUCUGUAAGGAAGGCUACGUUCUGAGUGGAGACACCUGUGUGCCGGAGAGCAGCUGCGGUUGUGUGGAUGGAAACAACCACUAUCAUCAGCUGGGUGAAAACUGGUUCACACACGACGCCUGCACCGAGCGCUGCACCUGCAACAGCAAAAACAACAUCACGUGCACAGGCUGGGAGUGUGGAGCGCAGGAGAUAUGCAGUGUUCAGGAUGGGGAGCUGGGUUGUCACCCCAUUGGAGCCCCGAUUACUUCAAGUCCAACUACAGUAGGCACCCGUCCAUCAGAGUCUACAACAGUGCAAGAUACAACCCCUGCUUCGGAGACCUCUUCGCCCCACACAAUAAGCACCACAGCAGAAGAAAGUACCACAGGAAAAUCCCCGACCACUGCAAUUCCAACUACAGUAGAGCCCUGUCAGACAGGCCGUGCCACCUGCAGUGCCUCAGGGGACCCGCAUUACUACACGUUUGACGGCAGAGUUCACCAUUUCAUGGGAAACUGCACUUACACCCUCUCCAAAGUCUGCAACGACUCCAGGGGGCUUCCACCCUUUGACGUGUCCACCACCAAUGAGCACAGGGGCUCCAAUACCAAAGUUUCCUAUGUAAAGGCAGUGCACGUGGAUGUCUAUGGAAGUCAGAUUUCCUUGCUGAAGAACAGGAAAGUGAAUGUGAAUGGCACCAGAAGGAACCUGCCUGUGGUGAUUGAAAACAAGAUCAAGGUCCAGAUCAGCGGGGGCUAUGUGCUCUUGGAAACUGAUUUCGGACUCUGGGUCAGAUUUGACGGCAAUCACUAUGUAGAGGUCUCAGUUUCCAGCUGUUACAAGGGGCAGCUCUGUGGUCUGUGUGGUAAUUACAAUGGUGAUGCAAAGGAUGACAACAUAAAGCCGAAUGGCAGCACUGCAGGAGAUUCCACUGAGCUUGGAGACAGCUGGCUAGUGGCAGAGAAUAACACCAUAUGCUCCCCUCAGCCAGUACCAGACUGUGACCCCCUGCUGGAGAGUGAAGCGAGGAAGAACACAGCCUGUGGCAUCAUCACCGACCCCGCAGGUAUCUUCAAGGACUGCCACGCCACAGUAGCUCCAGAGAAUUUCUUGGAAAACUGUGUUUACGACAUGUGUCAGACUGAGGGACAGACAGUGUCCCUAUGCAAUGGGCUGCAGGCAUAUGCAGAGUCGUGCACAAAUGCUGGGAUCUGCAGAGAAUGGAGACAUAAUACUUUGUGCCCAAUCUCCUGUCCAGGAGGAAGCCAGUACGAGAGCUGUGGGAGCAGGUGUCCUGCCACCUGCGUGACUCCCUCUGCAUUUAGCCCUUGCAGCUCCUUAGCAGUGGAAGGCUGUUUCUGUAAGGAAGGCUACGUUCUGAGUGGAGACACCUGUGUGCCGGAGAGCAGCUGUGGUUGUGUGGAUGGAAACAGCCACUAUCAUCAGCUGGGUGAAAGCUGGUUCACACACGACACCUGCACCAAGCGCUGCACCUGCAACAGCAAAAACAACAUCACAUGCACAGGCUGGGAGUGUGGAGUGCUGGAGAAAUGCAGUGUUCAGGAUGGGGUGCUGGGUUGUUACUCCCCUGGGAGAGCAUCCUGUCAGGUGGCAGGAGAUCCCCACUACUUCACCUUUGACAAGGUGAUGCACACCUUCUUGGGCACAUGCACCUACACCCUGCUCCAAGUCUGCAACAGCAGCAGUGUCGUUCCUGUGACCAUCAGUGGCAAAAACGAAGAUCGAGGACAGAGAGGGGCCACGUAUCUCAAAGAGGUUUACAUUGACAUCUAUGGCAACCGAAUCACUCUUCAGAAGAAUAAGGCGAUCCUGCUCAAUAAGGAGAGAGUCCGAACUCCGGUAAAGAACCGAUUACGAGGCGUGUCCAUAGGAAAUGUGGGCAUUUACAUGGUGGUGGAAACUGACUUUGGACUGCUAGUGAAAUAUGAUGGAAAUCAGCACUUGGAAAUCAGCCUCCCAGAAUCUUACUUCUCCAAGGUCUGUGGCAUGUGCGGUAACUAUAACGGCCAGCGUGGGGAUGAGCUGCUUAUGCCCAAUGGUGUGCAGGCCAAGAACAUCACGCAGUUUGGAAACAGCUGGAAAGUGCAAGCUGACAGUGACGCGGGCUGCUUGCCAGACACACGAGACGAGCUGGGCCCACCUUGCACCGCAGAGGAGAAGCCAGGGAUUGAAAACCAGUGCAAUGUUUUAAAGUCGGACACCUUCAAACCAUGUCACCAUCUGAUUGAGCCUGACCUCUUCAUCCAGACCUGCAUCUAUGACAUGUGUAAAUACGAUGGCAUGCUGUCCACUCUCUGUGCCAUCACACAGGCCUACGUGGACACCUGCAAGAAGCAAGGAGUCAUUAUUAAAUGGAGGACCAACACAUUCUGCCCAUUGCCUUGUCCAUCCAACAGCUAUUACACUGACUGUGCGUCUCCCUGCCCAGCUACAUGUAAUAAUAUUUAUGCAUCCUCCCUCUGUGAAAAGCCAACAGAAUGCACAGAAGGUUGUGUUUGCAAUGAGGGUUACGUGCUUAGCGAUGACCAGUGUGUACCACUGAGCGAGUGUGGCUGCAGAGACGAUGAAGAUAACUACUACAGCGCUGGGGAGAGCUGGAUAAAACCCCACUGCACCCACAAAUGCACGUGUCAGAAGGACAAUACCAUCAAGUGCCAGGCCUAUGGCUGCGAUGCUUGGGAGGUCUGUUUCCUCAACAACAAGGGGAAAUACAAAUGUAAACCGACAGGCUUUGGGAAGUGCCUCGUCAUUGGAGAUCCACACUACCUGACGUUUGAUGGCUUGAUGCAUCACUUCCAAGGCAAAGAUACGUACAUGCUGUCUCAGACUGUCUCCAGCAUCCCCGACCGCCUGCCAUCCUUCAGCAUUGAAGGAAAGAACAAGCUUUUCCCGAGAGUGUCCCACAUUUCUUUGCUCCAGGAGAUCCGUGUCAGUGUUUACAAUCACACAGUGUGGUUCAGGCAGAAGAAGCAGCUUGUGGUGGAUGGAGUGAAAACCAUCCCCCCUGCCCAGCCUCAUGAAGGUCUUCGCAUAUACCAGAGACCAACGAGAAUUUACAUGGAGACAGAUUUUGGCUUAUCGCUCAGCUUUGAUGGUGCUGAAAACUUAGAUAUAACCCUGGCCAACACCUACAAGAGCAAAGUCGAAGGCUUGUGUGGCAACUUUGAUGGGAAGUAUAAAAACGACUUUACCAAGCCGGAUGGCACUCGCGUGAGGGACGUGGAUGUGUUUGGGGAGAGCUGGAAAGUCCCCGUCACAAGAACAGUCUCCCGGCGCAGGCGAGAAGUCAUUUCAGACGAGGAGCUUGAUGAUGUCGAGUUAAACACAGGGGUCGCCAGAGGCUGCAAUCCCAGUGAGCUGAGCCCUGUGAACUCCACUUCUAAGUGUGGGAUUCUCACCGAUCCAAAAGGUCCCUUUGGAAAGUGUCAGUCCAAUGUCUCCGUCGAGUUCUUCCAGCUGGGCUGUGUCUUUGACCUGUGUGUGGAAGCUGAGAACAACGCUGUGCUGUGUCGGCACCUGGAGCAGUACGCGCUGGCCUGUCAGGAGAACGGGAUCGCAUUGGAAAACUGGAGAGCACAGACGCCUUGUGAGAUGCAGUGUCCCACAAACAGCAAGUACAGCAGCUGCAUGACUGCAUGCCCUGAUUCCUGCAGCAACCUGGCAGCCUCCUCCGAGUGCGAGUCGCCCUGUGUCGAAGGCUGCGAAUGCCUCCCUGGAUACGUUCUCAGUGGCUAUGACUGCGUGCCCUACAAGGAGUGUGGCUGCAGCUUCCUCAACACAUAUUAUACGGCUGGAGAAACGUUUGUGACUGACGACUGCUCUCAGACUUGUGAGUGCACAACAAGUUCCAGCAUUGCCUGCACCAGGGCAGCGUGUACACGCAGCGAGAUCUGCGCCAUCGCUAACUUCACUCGCGGAUGCUACCUACCUGGCCCGUGUCUGCAGAAUCUUUGCGAGAAUGGUGGGACUUGUAUUGAGGACAGCAACAGCUCUUCCAACUUCAGCUGUGUGUGCCCUGACGGAUACGAGGGGCCUCUCUGUGAGGCUGAGACACCGGAAAAGACACCGGAACCUGACAACAAUCUGGUCUAUAUCAUUGUGGGAGUUUUAGCAGGAAUCAUCGUCCUCGCUGUGAUCGUCUCCCUGGUUGUGUGCAGAUCCAAGUUAAGAAUGAACAGGAAAAAGUCAGUGGAAUUCCCCAGAAGGAGGAAUUCGUCUUUGACCCAGUCAAGGGAUGCGCUGGACCAGAACUCUCACGUGCCAGACUACAGCGUCAUGAUCAAUGCUGCAUUUGAUCGGGAUGAAAAUCAGUCACGUUUUAAUUAGUGGCAUUUUUCUCUUCCAUCUGAUUUUUUUUUUUUUUGCUGUUGUAGGCUAAUAAGUGUUUCUAACCCUUUCCUAAGCAAUAAUAAUUUAUAAUAAAUCACUGUACUUCCUGAAUGCUCUAA